AUGGUUGCCAUUUUCGCAUCCCGUACUAACACCAGCACCGCUGACGUCACAGAUGACGUAGCCGCUAACGAGAUUAAGUCGUUCAAUUUUGCUUUAACGUACGUACCUGCGAUGUAUGUACUGACGCAGAAUGAUGACGACGAUGAUGACGACGAAGACGAAGAUGAUGAAGAAGGCCGGGACAAAAACAACAACCACAACUACUGCACUAACCACAACAACCACAACAACCACAACUACUGCACUAACCACAACAACCACAACAACUUCAACUACAACAGCAACCACGACUGCGGCAACAUCGGUCUUAAUGUCAUCGUACUCCCGGCAAACUUCCUCCAUUAA